CAUGCUGGAUGUUUCAACACCCAAGAAAAAAAACCAAAAGACUAGAACUCCACAGAGGUAUAGAAAUAUUACGAGGUCAACGAAGAAAGACGAGUGGUAUGGACUUGAUUUAGUGUCACAGGGUAUUAAAUUCCUAUCAAAAUGCCUGUUUACCUUAAGAUUUUUGAAAGAGCUCCAUCUGCAGAAUAAUGAGCUGACAUUCAUCCCAAAAGGCAUCACAGAGCUCUCUAAUUUGGAGGUUCUGGAUAUAAGCGAUAACAAGCUGACUUUUCUGCCGAAAGAGCUAGGAAGAAUGAUAAAGCUGAAGGUGCUCAAGUUGGAUGACAAUUUUCUGAGUUUCAUACCGAUGGAACUGGGGACGUUAUACCAACUAGAAACGUUUUCAAUCGACAACAACCCUCUCUUAGAACCAUUUGCUACACUUUACCAGGGCAAGGGUGGGAUAAGCGUAAUACACUUUUGUAGAGAGCAUAAUACAUCAUAUCCCGUGCCGCUUGAUAGAACAUGGGUGGAUUAUCAUAACAAAACGGAGGGAAUGGGCGAGUUGCUCUCAGUGGCAUCGUACAACAUUCUCAGCCCGCACUACGCCACGUCACAGCUUUUCGGAUACGUGCCUUCAUGGGUGUUACACUGGGAGAAUAGAAAAGAGAUGAUUUUUCAGGAGAUAGUUUCGUACAAUUUGGAUAUUCUGGGCAUACAGGAAAUGGAGACGUAUUCGUUUAUAGAAAAUUUUAAAGACCAGCUAGACCAUCGAUGCAAUUACGAUUCGUUAUUCUAUCCAUCUGGCCGUUCACAAUCGCUACCAGAAAGUCAGAAGAUGAGUGUGGAUGGCUGUGCAACAUUUUGGAAAAGGCACAAAUUUACACUUAUAGACCAGCAAUGUGUGAAGUUUUCUGAUCUGGUGUUUACCGACGAAAGAUUUUGCAAAAACGAGGAUAUUAUGAACAGAAACUCGGGAAAAGACAAUAUAGUACUGAUAACAGUUCUUGAGAAAACUAACGGGGGAUUGCUGAUCAUUUCCAAUGCACAUAUCCAUUGGAACCCAGAUUACAAGGAUGUUAAGCUUUUUCAGACAAUAAUAUUGAUUGAAGCGGUGCACAAGUUCAAAGAAAAAUAUCCCAUGGCCGGAAUAAUAUUGCUAGGAGAUUUCAACUCAAUGAAGAACUCGGCUGUGUACGAUUUGAUCGUUAACGGUCGUAUAUACCCCUUCAAUAUAGACUUUUCUCUUUACAACUACAAGCCGUUCAGUACAGACGGUUUUUCGCACGGUUUAUGUGUUAAAGAUGCGUACGGAGAACAGGAACUGGAACUUACAAAUUUCACGGCACAUUUCAAAGGCGUUCUCGAUUACAUUUUUCACAAUGAUCGGCUUAUAUUGUGUUCUACGCUGUCAGCCAUCGACAAUGAAUAUGUGCAUAGGAUGGUAGGCCUACCGAGUAUACACUUUCCGUCCGAUCACGUUUUGAUAGCGGCCAAGUUUUACUUUAAAGGGAGUCGAAUGAAGAAGAAGGAUCUAAAAAGCAAAAUGUAAAGAGCCGUGUUUGGUAUGUGUAGUGCUGGUACAACAUAGAACACAUCUGUCACUACCUGAACAGGGUUAUUGAUGGUUUUCAGUUGCGUAGUUGUAAAUAUUAUAUUUUGACUAAAAACGAUAUCGUAUUUGAUUUGCACACACGUACUUUAUUCGUGUUAUAAAUGCUUUGAUGUGGCAUUCAUCGCUUUUACCAUUAAUUAUAUUUUUUAAGCGCUAGAAUUGAUGUUUACUUGUCGGUGAGUGAUCUACGCUGCUUU